AUGUUCUUCAAGCGUCUCAGCAGAUCGCGCAGCAACUCCCAGUCCUACGUCGACUCCUACAACAGCCCCCACGACAGCAAGCAGUCCUACCCCGACGACGCUCGGUACGCUCAAGCUCCUGACGGCCCUGACGACCGUCGAGACCUGCCCUCGUCGCGACAGAGCGACAACCAAUUCAACAGCGCCCCGCCCGCGAAAGACAUGUACCCGCGCCAAAGCCAGCCGCAAGAGGUCUACGCUUCGCCGCCUCUCAGUGCCGGUGGUGGUGGUGGUCCGAUGACGAAUGGGUAUGGGAGUCGCGGCGGUGGAGGCUACGAUGACAUGCCGUCGCAGAAGAUGUCGUCCAGCAGCGCCGCGCCGCCGGACCUGCUGAUGCAGGCGUUCAACCAGGCGCUGCGGCCGCACAUGGAUAAGGUGGACUCGCUGGAAAAUGAGAUUCAGGAUCUGCGGGCGUACAUCGACCAGCUGGAGCAGCAGAGGGGUGACGUGCAUGCGUGGAUCGAUAAGAGAGGGCUGCGACCUGACGUCCCACCCUCAAUUGCCCACCAAAUGGACUCGGCUUCGCACAGCUCCUCGCCCACCCACGCCGCUCAAACCCUCAACGCCCAACUCGACCGCAAAAUCACCAUAGUCAAUUUCGACCUGCACCGCCUGCAAGACGACCUCAACGACUCCCUCCCAACCCCCUCCUUCUCGGCGUGCAUGCUCAAAUUCCUCCCCGACAUCCAACGCCUCAGCUCCCUCCCAUCCGGACCUCACUACGCCUUCGACCUCCUGCUCAAGCUCGGCGGGAACCUGAACUCCCACGGCGGGCUGGAAAACGGCGACGAGGCAGAUCUCGCCGAGCGCCGGUCCUUCUACGCGCGGCUGGACGACGCGAUGGUGGAUGUAGUCCACGGACGGUUCAAGGAAGAGGGCGACAGCUGGGGCGUGCAGCGCGAGAUCAAGCGGAUAGAAAAGACGGGCGCUUACCUCCGCAACUGGGGCGUGGAGCCCUACUUCCCACAGACGCUGGAUGUGAUGCGCGAAGAGAGCGGUGCCGGUGGUGGUGGGCAUGGUGGACAGGGUGCGGGACAGACGCCGCCGAAUACUUACUCUUAG